GUCAAAACUAACAUUCUAUCAAACAAACCAAAAGGAAGAGAGAAGAAAUAGAAUUGGUGAUGGAGCAAGCAAGAACAACUUCAGAUUCUGUAGUGUCAGAAUUUGAAGGAACAAUACUAAAGAACCAAGAUCCAUUCUCUUACUUCAUGCUCGUUGCUUUCGAAGCAUCUGGUCUCAUUCGUUUCGCCGUCUUGCUAUUUCUCUGGCCCGUAAUCACACUCCUUAACGUUUUCACCUACAAAAACGCCGCGCUCAAGCUCAUGAUCUUUGUCUCCACGGUUGGUUUACGCGAACCGGAGAUAGAAUCGGUAGCUAGAGCCGUCUUGCCAAAGUUCUACAUGGAUGACGUAAGCAUGGACGCGUGGAAGGUUUUCAGCUCGUGUAAGAAGAAAGUCGUGGUGACUAGAAUGCCUAGAGUUAUGGUGGAGAUGUUUGCAAAGGAGCAUCUUAAAGCCGAUGAGGUUAUUGGUUCAGAGCUGAUCGUGAACCGGUUUGGUUUUGUCACCGGUUUGAUAUGUGAAACCGAUAUCGAUCUAUCUGUUUUGAGCCGUGUCGCUGAUUUGUAUGUCGAGGAAAGGCCUCGCAUAGGUCUUGCAAGACCGGGCAAGACGGUUUCUACAACUUUCUUAUCCUUAUGUGAGGAGCAUAUUCAUGCACCAGUUCCUAAGAACUACAACCACCAAACCCAACAACUUGAUCUACGCCCACUUCCGGUGAUCUUUCACGACGGACGUCUUGUCAAACGCCCAACUCCAGCCACAGCUCUCCUCAUCCUCAUUUGGCUCCCAUUCGGAAUCAUUCUCGCCACCAUCCGUAUCCUUCUUGGAGCCAUCCUCCCAUUAUGGGCAACACCAUACAUCUCUAAGAUAUUCGGCGGCCAAAUCAUCGUCAAAGGCAAACCUCCUCAGCCACCAGCGCCCGGACACUCCGGUGUUCUCUUCGUGUGCACACAUAGAACCCUAAUGGACCCGGUUAUAUUAUCCCACGUCCUCGGACGCAGCAUCCCUGCCGUUACUUACUCAAUCUCACGCUUAUCCGAGAUCUUAUCUCCCAUCCCAACCGUUAGGUUGACAAGAAUCCGUGACGUGGACGCCGCAAAGAUCAAACAACAGUUGUCUAAAGGCGAUCUAGUUGUUUGUCCCGAGGGAACCACUUGUCGUGAACCGUUCUUGCUAAGGUUUAGCGCGCUUUUCGCUGAGUUAACGGAUAGGAUUGUUCCCGUUGCUAUGAACUAUAGAGUUGGGUUCUUCCACGCGACCACGGCGAGAGGGUGGAAAGGUUUAGACCCGAUUUUUUUCUUUAUGAACCCGAGGCCGGUUUACGAGGUUACGUUCUUGAACCAGCUUCCGGUGGAGGCUACGUGUUCGUCAGGGAAGAGUCCGCAUGAUGUGGCGAACUAUGUUCAGAGGAUCUUGGCGGCUACGUUAGGGUUUGAGUGCACUAACUUCACGAGGAAGGAUAAGUAUAGGGUUCUUGCGGGAAACGAUGGAACGGUUUCGUAUUUAUCGUUUCUUGAUCAGUUGAAGAAGGUGGUGAGCACUUUCGAGCCGUUUCUCCAUUGAAAUCAAAUUAGUAAACUACUAUGCGGUUGAUAAUUUCCUUUCUUUUCAAUGCCUUUCCUCUUUAUUUAUUUUUGCUUGUGAUUAAAGUCUGGAUUGAAUUUUGUUUUAAUAGAUGUUUGUGUUUGUGUUAUUGUUUAUAAAUGUAUUUUUUUAUAUAUGUGAACUCCCCAUAGCUAUUGUUGAAUAAGUAUUUGGGGAUGAAUAAUUUUGUUAAUGUAAAUUGUUAUUUUUUUU